CAAACAUUAAACUCAACAAUCACAAAAAUCCUUCUGCCGGUUCACGCCGGCUCAUUUUGAUAUCUUUGCUCGAUUUUUUCCGGUUUGGGAUGUGUGGAGACUUGAACCAUCUGUAAAAUCAUUAAUUCUUCAGUGUGAAAACGCCACUGAGACGAAAAUGGCAGCUACAGGAAAAUGCUUCCUUGUCACUGGCUCUCCUGGUGUUGGAAAGACAACUUUGAUAGUCAGAGUACUCGAAACCCUCAGAAAUUCCAAUCCUAAUUUGAAAGUCCAAGGUUUCUAUACUCGGGAGAUUAGAGAAGGAACAGAGAGGGUUGGGUUUGAGGUCGUGACUCUCGAUGGCCGUAAAGGGCUUCUUGCUUCUAACAAAAUCUCCAGCCCAGAGUCUCUCAGAUGGCCCACUGUGGGAAGAUACAGGGUAGAUGUUACGUCAUUUGAGUCGCUGGCAUUGCCAGAGUUGCAGGUAAGGGAAGAUACUGAUCUCUUCAUAAUCGAUGAAGUUGGGAAGAUGGAGCUCUACAGUUCUUCAUUCUUUCCAGCUGUACUAAAGGUCCUGCAAUCCAAUAUCCCACUCUUGGCUUCUAUCCCCACUCCAAAAGCAGGCCGAGAUAUACCUGGAGUAGCGAGGAUGAGAAAUCAUCCAGGAGCUAGCGUCUUCACACUCAAUGCAAAUAACAGGGAUGCUAUGAGAGAACAGAUAUGUUCCAUCUUGGCAGAUAUGAUGCAAAAGCCUUAGAUGAUGCAAGGGAUAAUGUUCCAGCUAAUGUUGCAAAAGCUCUUAUUAUUAAACAAACUCUAAUCUGGUAGUUACUACUUCCAGAAACUUACCUUCCCUAUAGGAUGCUUAAUCACUGUUUUAUCCUUUGGAGAUGCACUAUUCAAGAAGACAAGAAUGGGACAAGUGGAAUGUUUCCCCUUUUCCCUCGGAAGGUCAAACUCUUUGCCACUUUGAACAUCAUGGUGUAGAAUGCUCAGAACUGCUGCUGCAAUAGAGAGGAAUUGUGAAGUUGAAAGAAAAAUGGAGCUAUGUUUUAUAACUCUUAACUACUGCCAUCUGCCUCUUCUCAAAUUUCACCAAUGUCACAGACUCAACUUUUUCACUGAAGCUUCAAUUUCUUUGCUGUCUUAGUAUGGUACUGCAAGGCUGAAAGAUGCUAACUUGAUGACUCUUCUUAUUUGUAAUUUGUGGAUUGUAAUCGUGCCAGCAGCUCUUUGGUGAACUUUGGAGUUGGGAAAUCAUUUGUAGAUUAUGAUUGAGUUUUUAGUUCACAUUAUAUCAUUUCCUUUACAUUCAUUGUUUUGGGGCACCAAAAAACAAGAAACCAAUAUUUGGAGGUGAAGGUGUGAUGCCUCUUGUUGAAGUUUCUUUAUUAGGACACAAUGGAAGGGACCUAAAGUUUUUACAUGCUA